CGGUCGGGGGGCGGGCCCCGCGCGGUGGCGGGAAAGCCGCGGCCCAGGCGGGGCGUCUGAGACGCGGAGGGGUGGGAACGGACCUGUAGCGCGUACUCUUCAUCAUGGACGCAGCCGAGGUGGAGUUUUUGGCCGAGAAGGAACUGGUGACCAUCAUCCCGAACUUCAGUCUGGACAAGAUCUACCUGAUCGGGGGGGACCUGGGGCCCUUCAACCCCGGCUUACCCGUGGAAGUGCCCCUGUGGCUGGCCAUUAACCUGAAACAGAGACAGAAGUGCCGUCUGCUACCUCCAGAGUGGAUGGAUGUGGAGAAAUUGGAACAGUUGCGAGAUCAGGAGCGGAAGGAGGAGACAUUCACCCCAGUGCCCAGCCCGCACUACAUGGAGAUCACCAAGCUCUUGCUGAAUCAUGCUUCUGACAACAUCCCCAAAGCAGACACCAUCCGGACACUCAUCAAAGAUCUCUGGGACACACGCAUGGCCAAGCUCCGGGUGUCUGCUGACAGCUUUGUUCGGCAGCAGGAGGCACAUGCUAAGCUGGAUAACUUAACCCUGAUGGAGAUCAACACGAGUGGGGCCUUCCUCACCCAGGCACUUAAUCACAUGUACAAACUCCGCACAAACCUCCAGCCCUCCGAGAGCACCCAGUCCCAGGACUUCUAGCCACAGGCCUGUGGUAUGCAGACCGUGGCUGUCUGCUGCUGUCAAGCUCUGGACUUAAUGGGCACUCAGCUCUGGAAGCAUGUGACGGUGGAGAGGGGGUGUGAACACUGGUGGAAGCCGUGCAUUUGCUACUCACUUCUGUCAGAACUCAGCGAGUUCAACUUCCAUCGAGUGUCGAAGCCACUGGCUCUCCUCUUAUGAGGAAUGACUUCUCUAAGGAGCACGGACUUCUCUGCAUGCCAUGCACAGCAACUGUUCAGGCCAGUUUAGUUCAGUGUCUUCAAGUUGGACCUGUGAAAGCUGUAUGUAGUUGAGAAUUGGGGGGCGGGGGUGGUGGUGCUGAUAUAAAAAGAUUUUCCUCUUAACGUGA